AUGUUCCCACGAAGCAUCAAAGUACUCGCCCUCGGCCUGGGCUCUCUUGUCACCGCGGGGCCCUGCGACAUCUAUUCCUCCGGUGGCACGCCAUGUGUGGCCGCCCAUAGCACGACUCGAGCCCUGUACAGCGACUAUAGUGGCGCACUAUACCAGUUGAGCCGAGGCUCAGAUGGAGCUACAACCACCAUCUCGCCGCUUUCCGCCGGCGGGGUGGCCGACGCCGAUGCCCAGGACUCCUUCUGCGCCAGCACCACCUGUCUCACCACCAUCAUCUAUGACCAGUCUGGCAAUGGGAACCAUCUCACACAGGCGCCACCUGGUGGCUUCGAUGGCCCGGACACUGAUGGCUACGAUAACCUAGCCAGCGCGAUUGGCGCUCCUGUCACUCUAAAUGGGCAAAAGGCGUACGGUGUCUUUAUGUCUCCCGGAACCGGAUACAGCAAUAAUGCUGCCACCGGAACAGCUACAGGGGAUGAGGCCGAGGGCAUGUAUGCGGUCCUUGAUGGGACUCAUUAUAAUGGCGCCUGCUGCUUUGACUAUGGCAACGCGGAAAUCAGUAGCACUGAUACCGGCAACGGCCAUAUGGAGGCCAUCUACUACGGCACCAGUACCACCUGGGGUACCGGCUCUGGCAGUGGCCCGUGGGUCAUGGCCGAUCUAGAGAAUGGACUUUUCUCUGGCUCCAGCUCUGGUAACAAUGCUGAUGACCCGUCUAUAUCUUAUCGCUUUGUGACUGCAGCUAUCAAGGGGGGGCCAAAUGAGUGGGCAAUCCACGGUGGCAACGCUGCGUCUGGUUCGUUGUCGACAUAUUAUAGUGGUGCGCGCCCAACCGCAUCUGGCUAUAACCCCAUGAGCAAAGAGGGCGCCAUCAUUCUCGGUAUCGGCGGUGACAACAGUAACGGCGCCCAGGGUACCUUUUACGAAGGCGUGAUGACCUCUGGCUAUCCAUCCGAUGCCACUGAGAGUUCAGUGCAGGCCAAUAUAGUUGCUGCUGGAUACGCUGUCACCUCGUUGACCAGUGGCCCGGCACUUACUGUCGGUUCAUCCAUCUCGCUGCGCGCCACCACAGAUUGCUGCACGACACGCUAUAUCGCACACACUGACGAUACUGUCAAUACCCAAGUUGUCACAUCAUCCAGCACCACCACACUCCAGGAACAGGCCAGCUGGACGGUUCGUGCUGCCCUUGGUGGCGACAGCAGCUGCUUCUCGUUUGAGUCUGUUGACACACCUGGAAGCUACAUACGACACUAUAACUUUGCGCUGUUGCUUAACGCCGACGACGGUACCCAGCAAUUCGCUGAAGAUGCCACAUUCUGUCCGCUGGACGGUCUUAAUGGGGACGGCAAUUCGAUCCGAUCCUGGAGUUAUCCAACUCGUUAUUUCCGUCACUAUGACAACGUGCUCUACGUUGCGAGCAACGGCGGUGUCGACACCUUUGAUGCUACGGAUUUAUUCAACGAUGACGUGAGCUGGGUGAUUAGCACCGGUUUUGCUUGA